AUGGUUGAGUCAGCAUUCGUCCUCUUUCUCUUGUUGGCGGCUCGGGUGAUAUACCGACUACGCUUCCACCCCCUCGCUCAUGUGCCAGGGCCGCCACUUGCUGCCAUUUCGUCGCUCUUUCUUUAUGCCAUUUGCUACCUUGGCAUUGAGGGCAGCGUAAUACGCCGAUACCAUGAGAAGUAUAAGACCAAGGUCCUUCGUGUAGGCCCCAAUGCCAUUUCAGUGGCCGACAGCGAUGCCGUCCGGGACAUUUACGUGGCGGGCGGUGGAUUUCUUAAGGACGCCCGAUAUCAAAACUUCAACCUCGGGCCGGUAGUUUCAAUAUUCUCCUCUAUCGACAAAGCCUACCGUGAUGUGAGAGCCAAGGCAGUCGCCCCGAUAUUCUCGCCUGCACGGCUGCGGGAAGAGAGUAGCGCCCAAGGCUCCAUCGGACGACACGUGGCGGACUUUGUGAGCCAGCUCAGCGCAUUCCGGCAAGCAAAAAUCAAAACCGAUAUUCUGGAUCUGUGUGCGAAGCUCUCAAUCGAUGUGGUCUCUGACUACGUGCUAGGUCAGCCAUUUGGCGGGCUGACUGAGCAAGCGCAUCUGGGCCUAGCUGAACAGCAGACUCCAGAUGCGAAACUCAGCGCCAACGAGUUUAUACACGCCAUCGUGGGAUUUGCUCGCUUCUCGUUACUUCCAAACACUCUUUUCAAACUUGUGUACUCGGUUUCCCAGAAGAUAAGCCACAGUGACAAAGUGGACAAGUCAUUUAGGAGGAUUCAGGAGUUCAUGGGUCAAGUCAUGAAGGGCACGAAGCACGGCAAGACAACAGAGCACUACCAGGAUCGCCUCCUCGCGGCAGGCAUAUCUUUCUCAGAGACCAGAGUGCAAUGCGAGGCCAUCCUCUUUGCAGGCGGCGACUCGACCGCCGUCAUGCUGGCCACCACUCUCUUCCACCUGACACAGAACAGAGAGGCCCGCGCCCGCCUCCUGCACGACAUCCGCGCCGCGCCGCCCACGGCAGGCGACAACGGGAGGCCCGACAUCCCCUUCUUGCGCGCGUGCGUCAAGGAAGGGCUGCGCUUGGGUAUGGCGAACCCUACGAGACUGACGCGGGUGGUGCCGCCCGGCGCGAACCUGACGGUUGACGGCAUCUCGGUCCCUGCCGGUGCCGUUGUCGGCUGCGCGGCCUAUGUUCUCCACCACGACCCUGCCAUAUUCCCAGACCCCUUUGCCUUCCGGCCGGAGCGGUGGAUCGACGACGACAGGAGCUGCGGUCUGUACCGUUCGCACAUGGAAAAAAGCUUGAUUGCUUUCGGGGCGGGCCUGCGUGCCUGUCUGGGCAAGAACCUAGCCAUGCAACAGCUAUUGAAGACGGUGGCAGCGGUCGUUGAUAGUGAACUGUUGGAGGGAGCUCGGACGAGUGAAGAGCGGAUAGAAGUUGUUCAGUGGUUCAAUGGUGAUAUCAAGUUCCACCACAUCGACAUAGAGUGGUGA